ACUGGUUGAACGUGGCGUGUAAGGUCGAACAUAUUAUGAUAACGAUAACAUAAUAAUUCACAUAGUUAUAUAAUAUUUGGUUUUAGUAUAUAAUUCAUUACAGGCCUGUAUCAGGUGCUUAUAUAAAAGGGUUUCAAGAUUAUUAUGGUUUUAAAAUCUUAGCAUAAACAAUUAACAUAAUGUAUUCUGUUAGUCGGGUCACUCAGAGCGACGUUGAAGAUAUCAUGAAAUUUAUGAAGAGGAUAUUUUUCACCAGCGAGCCCUUGUGUACAACCGUCGGCUAUUGUCAAUCAGAGAGCGAAGAAACGCCAGAUAUGGACGAUUUUCUACAUUCUUGCUUACCGGACGAGUCGAUUCAGGCGAAAGAUGGUGAUGGUAACAUAGUUGGAGUGCUCAUUUGUGGGCCCGUGCCUCUUCUAAAUCCAGGUGUCAACCUAAAUGAACUGAAAAGCUGCAGAAGUCCCAAGUACAAGAAGUUCGUUCAAAUGAUGUUCUUGCGUGAAAUGAUUCUGGAGAUAUGGAAUGUUUAUCCGAAUGAUGACAGAGUCUUCGAAAUUAAGUUGGCGUGCACGGAUCCGAAAUGGCGGAAAAAAGGGAUAAUGAAUGCGCUUAUGAAGGAAGCUGAGAACGCAGCAAAAGAGUUAAAUAUAAGAUUAAUGCGAAUAGACACUACGAGCGCGUACUCCGCGAAAUCAGCUGAACGACUGGGGUUCAAAUGUGUUUUUAGCAGGGCAUACAAAGAUUUAACGUUGGAUGGGAAACCUCUUAUUGUGCCGGCACCACCUCAUGUGGAAGACAAAGUAUUCGUCAAAGAGUUGUAUUAAAUCUUAAUUAAA